AUGGGACAGCGCGCAAAACGAACUUACUUUAAUUGCUACGGCUUCGGGACGGACGAGGCGCCCGGGCCCGUGAUCCCGUUCCACUGGUGUUGCUUUGAGAUCCUUCUCCGGUCUUUGACCGGCACAACAGAUCCGAAGAACGUCAAUUUGGACGUUUUGUACGAGGUCAUGAUGGGCAUGUGCAAUGGGUCCGGAUCGGCCCUGCGGCUUGCCUAUGGAGACGACGUUGCCCACGCCCAGGGGCAGUAUUGGCGAUGUCUUCCUGGAGCCGAGUUCUCCGUCCGCCAUCCUACGAACACACCCAACUUGAAGGAAUUCAUCCAGACACAGCUGAAAACCAACGGGACUCUGCAUGCCCCUUCAGAAACAAAAGGCCUUGAUUUUGGGUCGCGGACGCCGAAAAACCCUUUUGGCACUUUGCCCGCCGAACUCAUCUACCAGAUUUGCUCGUUUCUCCCGGGGUCUUCACUCAAAGCCCUCAUCCAGGCAUCACCCUUUAUCCGUCUUCUGACCAGCGAUGACUACUUCUGGCGCUGCUUCAUUGAGUCCGAUAUGCCGUGGCUGUGGCAAACCCAGACUGCCACAGACGCUGAGGUCCAGGCACAGUCAGAGCCGGAGAAUCUGUCUGUCUCCCAGGUGCUAAGGAGCUUGGCCACGAGUUCAGGUCUGAGCCUCAAUCAUAAACAGGUAUACAUGUGGCUCGAUGAGGUUACGGCGCCGAAGUACGGCCUCGAAGACCCGACCUUGAUGGGCAUUGCGAAUCGAAGGAGGAUCUGGGGCGCUUGUGAGGAGUUGUCGAGGGGCUAUCGCGCUGUGGCGGUAGCAGCAUGA